AUGGGGGAAGAAGGUUAUCGAGGAUGGAUUAAACUCGAAAUUCCAUGCUCGACUUCCGAGCGACAAAUGAAUUCGAUAAUCCGAUGUCACACAACAAAAUUGGAGCAUGCUCUGAACAGCUCAAAUAUGAGAAUUCUCACGAGAGGACAAGUGCAGGCGGUCGAAGAGCAGGAUUGUGAGCUUUAUUUCGAGUCGAAUUAUGAGGUGGCCUCCGAUAAAUUCUCGCAUCGUUUGAUAAUAGCAAUUCAGAAUUUUUUGAAGGAUUUGAAACAGGAGCGACUGAUGCCCUUUCAACUCGGAAACCUCGUUCUUCACAGUUCCGACUUCUGGUCUUCUGAAUUGACGUGUCAUCUCGUCGACAUUCCACUCAACGCAUUUUUCUUUGGAAAUAUUCAAGGAGGAACAUUCAUCAAUCACUGGGAAAUCUCAUUCUGGGAAGACACUCUUCGACGAAACAUGAACAGAGCGAGAAAUCGGCCUCCGACUGAUCGAGAUCGUGCGGGAUUUAAUCAGAUUAAAGUUGAAUUCGAAUUCGAUAAAGUCGACUUCAUGACUGUUCAUUUCAAGCAGAAGGAGACUGAUUAUAUUUCAGAAGACAGGCAAACUGUCAAUAUAUACUAUCAAAUUACGGUCCGUCGCACCUCAAUCCGUCGUGUCAUCGUCGAUCCAGUAGUCUCCGAUCUAAACGGGCAUAAUCGUAUUCGCAUUCAUUUCGAACUCAAUUGUCCAGUUCUCAUCCGUCGAGCAUAUCGAACAGAUAGGCAGGAGGCCGAGUUCAAGCACGUUAUCCCUCAUUACCGUCGUCAUUUGGUUAUUAACCGUGGACGGAAAGCCGAUCAGUAUCCGACUGCGAAAGCCAUCACUGAUAGCCCAGUUUUUACGAUCGAAUUUGAUAAUUCUGUUGAUCUCCCCGUAGUCUACCGUCUCAUCUCGCGUCUUCGUGUUCGCACCGGCGUUUCCAUCGAAUUCGCCGACAUAUCAUCAGUGGAUUGUCUCAUUUGGAGAGAGAACCCUUACCAUCGAUGGACUUUUCAAAAUAAUCAGCAUAUGUCGCCAACACAUUUCUCCUCGCCGAUUUAUCGCGAUUUUAUUGCUACAGCGUUUCCACGAAAACACGAAGUCUGUGGCUCCCGUGAGAUCGACACGAAUCGCGAGCGAAAAUUCGCUAUCACCUACCUAUUAGAAUGCCUGAUUUCACGGGGCGCCGUUGUCAAAGAUCAGAUUCUGUUAGAAGACGUCGUAUGGCAUCGAUUCCUUGAAGUGAUUCUACAUUAUUAUACAAAAGAUGACAAGCUGUGCGAAGCUGGACUGGAAGACUUGGUUCACAUGAUUGACGGAAGAAAACGAAUCGGAUCGCUGAUCAAAUGUUUCGAUCGAAUUUGUCAGACUCGUCAGAAGAAUAGUCUGGUAAACGGUCUGACAACAGAAGAAAUGCGAGAAGGAUAUCAGAGAGUCCGCAAGAUAGUUUUCACCCCAACACGUGUCAUCUACGUAGCACCGGAGACGCUGAUGGGAAAUCGAGUGUUGAGACGAUAUGAUCAUGAUGGCACCCGAGUGCUUCGAAUCACUUUCAGAGAUGAUGAUAAUCAGAAGAUGAGAACCAACAAAACGUCGAUGUUACUCGAUAAAACUGUCCAUACAUACCUUCGGGAUGGUAUUACGGUGGCGGGCAGAGAUUUCGGAUACCUGGGAAGCUCAAACUCGCAGAUGAGAGAUAAUGGAGCUUAUUUCAUGGAGAAAUACUCAUCAUCACAGUGUCGAGAGUAUCAGAGCAGAACCGGUGUGAAACCUCCGAUAGAUUUCAAUCCGAAGAUUCAGGCGGCACGAAAGAACUUGGGAAGAUUUGAGACGAUUGAUAAUAUUCCGAAAAUGAUGGCUAGAUUGGGACAGUGUUUCACGCAGAGUCGGCUUUCCGGAGUGAAUCUCGAGCGAUGCACAUAUAUGACGACGUACGAUUUGACGGGAGGAAAAAAUGUGAAAAGAGACGAAUACACGUUCUCGGAUGGUGUUGGAAUGAUGAGCCAUCAUUUCGCUCAAAUGGUCUCACACGUCAUGGAUUUCGGAAAAGGAGUUCCCAGUUGUUUUCAGUUCCGAUUCCGCGGAAUGAAAGGAGUGAUUGCUGUCGAACCUCUGCUAGACAACAUCCGACAAUGGUUCCUCGAGAACGGAAUUCCAGAAGCAUCCGAGGAAACAUCGUGGAAUUUGAAUUGUGUAUUCCGACCGAGUCAAAUCAAAUUCAUUUCCAAACGACAUCCACGCGAUCAAGUGGAAAUCGUAAAAUACUCAUCACCAGUUCCAGUUGCACUCAAUAAACCAUUCAUCAACAUCUUGGAUCAAGUCUCGGAAAUGCAAUCAUUGGAAUGUCAUCGUCGAGUUACGAAUCGAAUUGAGGAGUUGUUGGAUCGACAGAUGCUUUCGUUUGCUCAGCAGAUGGUUGAUGAGACUUUCUGCAGGAAUCGGCUGAAGGAGCUACCGCGUCGCAUCGAUAUCGAUUACCUCCGUACAUCAUGGGGAUUCACAUUGUCAAGUGAACCAUUCUUCAGAUCUCUUAUCAAGGCUUCUAUCAAAUUUUCUAUUACCCGCCAACUUCGCAAAGAGCAAAUCCCGAUUCCCUCGGAACUCGGCCGCUCGAUGCUCGGUGUCGUCGAUGAGACGGGACGUCUCCAAUACGGACAAAUUUUCGUUCAAUACACAAAGAACCUGGCGCUUAAACUUCCACCGAAAAACGCGGCUCGUGAAGUGCUCACAGGCACCGUACUUCUCACCAAGAAUCCGUGCAUCGUCGCCGGAGACGUCCGAGUUUUUGAAGCUGUCGAUAUUCCAGAAUUGCAUCAUAUGUGUGAUGUAGUGGUGUUCCCACAACACGGACCACGUCCACACCCGGAUGAAAUGGCUGGAUCGGAUUUGGAUGGAGAUGAAUAUUCCAUCAUUUGGGAUCAACAGUUGCUGCUAGACAAAAAUGAGAUUCCGUUUGAUUUCACGUCUGAAAAACAGAAAACUGAAUUUAAGGAAGAAGACAUUGACGCCUUGAUGCGAGAAUUCUAUGUGAAAUAUCUGAAACUCGAUUCCGUCGGCACCAUCUCAAACAGUCAUCUUCACAAUUCCGAUCAAUACGGUUUGAACUCUCGUGUAUGCAUGGAUUUGGCAAAGAAGAACUGUCAAGCCGUGGAUUUCACAAAGUCAGGACAACCGCCAGACGAAUUGGAAAAGAAAUGGAGAAGAGACGAGGAGACGGGAGAGAUGAUUCCACCAGAGAGAGCUGAACGAGUUCCCGAUUAUCAUAUGGGAAAUGAUCAUGCUCCAAUGUAUGUCAGCCCACGAUUGUGUGGAAAACUGUUCCGUGAAUUCAAAGCGAUCGAUGAUGUGCUGAAAAUCUCGGAGGAGCGAGAUGAGCAGGUGGAGAUUACGAUUGAUGAGACGAUGAUGAUUGAUGGGUAUAAGGAAUAUAUGCAUAGUGCGCGGGAAGACUUGUCGAGGUAUAAUGCCCAGUUGAGAUCGAUGAUGGAGAAUUAUGGAAUUAAGACGGAAGGAGAAGUGUUCUCCGGCUGUAUCGUCGACAUGCGUAACCGAAUUUCGGACAAAGAUCAAGACGACAUGUCGUUUUACAACACGAAUCAAAUGAUCGAGACGAAAGUGACCAAUCUGUUCAAAAAGUACCGAGAACACUUCUUUGAAGAAUUCGAAGGCGGAUGGCAAGCGAACACAGAAGUGACGAGUCGACAUGGAAGUGAAACGAACAUUCUUCAGAGACAAUGUCGGGCUCCAAGUAAUCGAAUGAUGAGGAAGGCGGUUGCCUGGUAUAGAGCAUGUUACGAGGAAGCACGAGUCACUCGGGAGAAUAAGAAACUGUCGUUUGCUUGGUUGAUGUUUGAUGUGUUGGGAAUGGUGAAACAGAUAAGAAGUCUUACUUCUGAAACGAUUAUGUUGGGCAGUUCGAAUCCACUCUAUACUAUGAUGGACUCUCACAGAAAGCAAUAUCUAAUUGAUAACUCUGCCAAGUUCUCCGAAUUCCGAGAGUUCACAGCACACCCAGAAGAUGGACAUCAAGUGGAGAGAGCACUGGAAAUCGUUUGGAUGUAUGCGGAAAUGAAUCCGGGAUUAGACGAGGUUCUAUUCCUUCUUAAUGAAUGGGCGAGAGCAUCAAAACUGUUCGAUAAUCAUCCGAUUCGAAGCUAUCAUUUCUCGUUGCUUUUCAUCCUUUUCGCUACCAGACAAUUCUCGUCGGUUGAUGGAAAUGCGGCGGCGUUUUUCAAUAAGAUUGAUGAGAGACAGUGGAGAAUGGGAGAGGAGCAUCAGAUGGAGCAAAGAGAACCGUUUAGUGAAAAGGAGAAGUCGAAUAUGACAGUCAAAUUCCUCGAAUUCCUCGCUUCCCGAAAAUUCCGUAAAAUGGCGAAUCUCUCGUUCCGAUCACUCGAUUUCUCAUCGAUAUUCAUGCGUGGCGAAUGGCAAAUCUUCCACGUGGCAGCACUCAAAACCUACUAUAACGUGUUGUUCAAUUUGCGAUUCGAGGAACUUCCCGUCACCACUGAUCCAUCGAUGACGGUCCGAUCGAUAAUUCGAGAGAACGAACCAUUCGUAAUCGAGUUGCCCGCCGACGCCAACCGUGAACUGGUCCAUCGUAAGCUUGUCCAGCACACCGGCGUAGAGGAGAUCUUCAUGCGAACUAUGGAGAAAUCAAUUCGUGCUCAUGAUGAUCAACAGAAGACUAAUAUCCGAUACCUCGUGUCGACACGAGGAACACUCGAAGCAAUGUACAAAUUGCGUCAACUCGUCGCCGUCAAAGUGCCCAUCAAAACGUAUGUGACAGGACAAGAGAUUUCGAUACAAAUGGCUCGUCUGUGCUAUGAGAAGAUUAUCAAGGGACACAUCAACACUUGA